AUGACGCUGCAGCAGGAUCAGAACAAGGACCUCGAAGUGGAGGAAGCUGAGAGGCACUCUCCACUCGGGCCCGGUGUUAGAAGUAGGUACCUAUUGUAUCCCUUCCGAGGAACGGCAGAACCACCACAGCUAGCCCCCACUCACCCGAUCCGGAAGGCUUUCUACCGUUAUGGCAUAACAACCGCGCGGCAUUGGCUGCUUUCGAUCCUCCUCUCUGUCGCGACAGCAGUCCUGCUCUGCUACCCAGUACUGUUCCUUUACGACAACCCUACAGCAGGGUCCUAUCAGCUCCCGCAUCAUGUCUGGACGUCGGCCAGAGUAUUCGAGGGCGGCGAAGAGACGCGCGCCGAUGUGGCCAUGCGGCAGGUCUGGGUGCACGGGGACUACAUGGGUGCCCUGAACCACCGAGUGCUUGAGGAUGCCCUUUCCAUACAAGAUUAUCUUAUCGGAGGCUCUUUUGGUCAGCAGAGUAUUGAAGUGCCUGAGUUGAGGCCAAAUGGGAGUACCGAGAAGAUUGUCCUCAAUUCCUGCGGGUCUUUCCGACCGGGGCAGAACAACUCUUGGGGGUUUCAUUCACCUCUCAUGUACUGGAACUGCUCGUCGGCGGCCAUAAAAGCCGACACGGAUCUGCUCAAGACUAUUAACGAGCAACCCCACCGUCAAUCCUUCCUCAACUUCACGCUGCGUCUGCCGUCCGUAUUUGCUGGCAAGUCGUUCGAGAACAACAAACUACUGGCGGCUGAUGCUCUCGUGAUCACGCUGUUCGACAGGUCUGGGCUUGAUAUGGGCGAUGAGUGGGAUGCGCGCUCAGCAGCACUGGUGAGGAACGCCUCCGGGCGGUGGUCAUUCUAUCCAGAGAGCGGAAAGACAGCCCGGAGUCAGCUUUACGAGUUUCGCUUCCGCCCAGUAAGCUGGAUCGAUGACUUUAUCAUGGCGCUGGCGUACGGUCUUAUGGCCUUUCAUGUGGUCGUGAGCUUGAGGAAGCUUCGCGCUGUCAAGAGCUGGGUUGGCCUAGGUCUAACGGUCAUCAGUCAAAUUGCCAUUUCGGUCAUUGCCAGUUUUACUAUAUGUGGGAUGCUCAGAAUCAACUUGACGCAAAUACCCCGAGAAGCAUAUCCCUUCGUGGUCUUUGCAAUCGGUCUUGAAAACAUGUUCCGGCUCAUUAAUGCUGUUCUCGCAAACCCGCCAGAAAUGCCCACCAUCAGUCGCGUCGGCAACGCUCUGGGUGACGUAGGCCAUCUCUCCCUUGCAGCUGUCGCCCAGAAUCUCGCCCUUCUGUGGCUCCUGUCUAGGGUCGUCUCGCCUGGUGUUGCGGCCUUUUGCGCUUUCGCAGCAGUCGCGCUGGUUUUCGACUUUGUGUUUCAUCUGACGUUCUUUGUCCCUGUGCUUAGUGUUGAUGUGCGAAGAACGGAGCUUCAGGACUUCCUGGAUAAGGCCAAUCUAGCGCAAGCCAAAGCAAAGACUCCAAAGCAAGAGCAGCAGACAUGGAUCCACGCUUUGCUUCAAGGCAAGCUUCCGGUCAGUACCAGGAUCGCUGGCUCCGCUGCCAUGAUGUGCUUCGUUGUCGCGCUCAACUGGCACUUCUUUGAUAGCGAGAACAGCGCCUUGUCAGUUCUACAGCUGUUCCGCCUCAUGCGUGCGGCGAAGAAGCUACGCGCUCAUCGAGACCCUCUGGCAAUACCACCACCCAUCAACCAAGCGCGGACGCCGGCUGCAUGGUUGCGCAUGCAAGAUUACGACACUGCAAGGGAGUUUGUUCAUUUUGUAAAGCCACACGGACACAGCUUCGUUGUCCGUCUAUACGAGCCGCUCACAGUAGUCAUGAAAGGUGCUAAUCGGAGAGGCGCCAUGGAUGAGUCGAGUUCCUUCCUAGUUGCGCUCCGCAAAAUAGCGGACGAGCAUUUCUUUCCUAUCGCUUUGGCAAUCGUCUUCGCUAUAGCCAUCGUCACACUGUUGAUGAACUACCUGCUCUGGAAUGAGCUGUCAGAAGAGGAACCCGAGGUUGAGGAUUACGUGGACCCUGUCAUUUCAAUUAAUACUCUUCCGAAGUCGCAUGCGCUCGACAUUGUAAAACUCACAGCAUGCAGAAGGGGCCAUGUCGUUUCUGUAAGCUUGGAUCGGUCGACGUCGAUCUAUCUUCUCGACGCCAGGUCCAAGGCGUAUUCUCAUAUAUCCCUGAAGACGGCAAGCAUGUCUCCACCAUUAUGGCCGAUCAUCGCUACUGCCAUCGACGAGACGGGACAGUGGCUUGCCCUAUGUACAGAUACUGGAAGGCUUGCCUUCUGGAACUUCGUUGAACGCCGCUUUUUGCACUCUGUUGCUAUCUGCCUGAGAGGUCACCUGCCUCUAAUGUUCUCCUUUGCGGCACUACAGUCUGACGAUGCUGAAAGACUCAAUCUCAUCAUCACCACUUCGGACGGCUGGAUUACCGAUGUAGAGCUUUACUCGAGUCACGUGGAGAAACACCAAAUCCACGACAGCCAUAUCCUCUCCUCAAGCCUGUCGGGCUGCAUCAAGGAUCAGAUCAACAUCCUGAGCAUUUCGAGAGGAUCCCGAGUUUGGCUGACCACUCGGAGGCUCGACGGCGAAUGGACAUCUGAAAUCCUGAGUUGUUUCGGACCACGACCUACAGUUGACAAUAAAACUCCAAAGUACAAGUCAGCAAUAGAUGUCCUAGGGUUGUGCAUGUUUGCGCUUACGGGGCCUUGCGCGAUAGACCUGAUCUGUCCUCGCUCCCGCACUCGUUUCUACACUCUGAGGACCGGCCAUAUGAAAGGUGGCUCUCUUCGCGUCUUGCCCUCACAGCGACAGACAUGUCCAACAUGCAGCGCGCCAGCAGUUCACUCCCUCUGCCUCGUAUAUACUGACUCGGAAGCGCAGGAUUGUGUCAUGCGCACCUACCAGAUGGACGAUGAGCCAAGCUCACUCAUCUGUCUCCGCCCGCCUCUAGACGAUGAAUCCCGUGCCUGCCAGGGACUCGAAAGCGCGAUGUCGUUGGAGCAUCGGGUCGAGCAGCCUGGCGUGUGGGGAGCCACCCUCGCCCAGUCCAUUAUUGGUAUCCGUCAGCGGUCCUUAUCGCGUGUUCCAUCACCGGCAUCCACCACUUCGGACACCAAAGGCAACCUCUCAUCGGCUCCUCCCAACGGCUAUACCAACGGCGCCCUCAAACACCGCCACGCUUCUCCGCCCUCGAGCCCCGAGGCCCCCAAAGCGAACCACACGCGCCCACCAGCCGCAUUAUCGGACACCAACGUCUGGGAAGCCUGGACCCUCUCCGCGACCGGCGAAUUCCACGCGACACCCCUACUCUCUUUAGAAUCUCGCCGCGAUGCCGAAUCUUCUUACCCCGGCUUCGAUGCCGCCGCGUCAGACCCGGACGCCGAAGAGCAGCUCUUCGUCGCCAACCCGGGCCCCAUCGCGCGCCUGGGGAAGCGUAGUAUUGCCAUCGGCUUCGGGAACACGGUCAAAAUCCUGAGUCUCGGGAACGAGCGGUUCGAGGAAGACGGGAAUGCUCGACCGGGCCCGGCGUUGGCGAGUAGUAAGUGGAGGAAGAAGUGCUUCACCAGGAAGACGUUGUGA